CAGGCGAGAGGCCAGCGUGAGGGAGCGCGGAGCCAGUGGCCGCCGGCGGCCCGGACCCGCCUGUCCUCGCGGCCGCCGCCGGCAUGAGCCACAUCCAGAUCCCGCCGGGGCUCACGGAGCUGCUGCAGGGCUACACGGUGGAGGUGCUGCGACAGCAGCCGCCCGACCUCGUCGACUUCGCGGUGGACUACUUCACCCGCUUGCGCGAGGCCCGCUUGCGAGCCGCCAGCCCGCCCGCUGCCCCUCCUUCCGGCUCCCAGACUCCGGAGCCCGGCCCUGGCCUGGUCACCGACGCGAAGGCGGAGAGCGAGUCGGAGGACGACGAGGACUUGGAUGUCCCAAUUCCUGGCAGAUUUGACCGGCGAGUAUCAGUCUGUGCUGAGACCUAUAAUCCUGAUGAGGAAGAGGAAGAUACUGAUCCACGGGUGAUUCAUCCUAAAACUGAUCAGCAGAGAUGCAGACUUCAGGAAGCUUGCAGAGAUAUUCUCCUGUUCAAAAAUCUUGAUCAGGAACAGCUUUCUCAAGUCCUUGAUGCCAUGUUUGAAAGGACAGUCAAAGUUGAUGAGCAUGUCAUUGACCAAGGAGAUGACGGAGACAACUUCUAUGUCAUAGAACGGGGAACCUAUGAUAUUUUAGUAAAAAAAGAUAAUCAAACUCGCUCAGUCGGUCAGUAUGACAACCGUGGCAGUUUUGGAGAACUCGCUCUGAUGUACAACACCCCGAGAGCUGCUACCAUCGUCGCCACUUCGGAAGGCUCCCUCUGGGGACUGGACCGUGUGACUUUUAGAAGAAUCAUAGUGAAAAACAAUGCAAAAAAGAGAAGGAUGUUUGAAUCAUUUAUUGAAUCUGUUCCCCUCCUUAAAUCACUAGAGGUGUCAGAACGAAUGAAGAUUGUGGAUGUAAUAGGAGAGAAGGUCUAUAAGGAUGGAGAGCGCAUAAUCACACAGGGUGAAAAGGCUGAUAGCUUCUACAUUAUAGAGUCCGGCGAGGUGAGCAUCCUGAUCAGAAGCAAGACUAAAGCAAACAAGGACGUCGGGAACCAGGAGGUCGAGAUUGCCCGAUGCCAUAAGGGGCAGUACUUUGGAGAGCUUGCACUGGUCACCAACAAACCCAGAGCUGCUUCGGCUUAUGCAGUGGGAGACGUCAAAUGCUUAGUUAUGGAUGUACAAGCAUUUGAGAGGCUUCUGGGGCCCUGCAUGGACAUCAUGAAGAGAAACAUCUCACACUACGAGGAACAGCUGGUGAAGAUGUUUGGCUCCAGCAUGGAUUUGAUCGACCCCGGGCAGUAGGUGUGCCACACCACAGAGCCUUCUCAGUGUGACACCAAAACCUUCUGGUCAGCCACAGAACACACACAGAAGACAGACACGACAGAACUAUUCCUGCUGUUGCCACCUCCACUGCCAUUGCUGUGGCUGUGGGCAUUUAGAAAACUUGAAAGUCAGCACUAAAAGAUGGGCAGAGGUUCGACCCACACCUCCUCCACUUUGCUUCUGAAAGCCCAUUAUUAGACCACUUGUAAUGAUUAUUCCAACCCAGUUGUCACAUCUUUGGUUCAAAAUGGCAUGUCUCUCCAACAAUUUAAGUGCCUGAUACAAAGUCCAAAGUGUAAUCAUCUUCCUCUCCUCUCUGGCUGCUACUGUUGCUGUUGGAAGUCACCACAGGUCUGCACAAACCUGUGCAAAACUGUAGACAUUUGCCCCCGACCUUUCUCAAGGGAGGAAAUGUAGCCUUCGAUCUUCUCGUUUGUCCUCUGAGAAAGUCCACAUGUUUGUUCACAAUUGUAGCCUUUGGUUUUACAGUGGGACAGGGGUCUGUGGUCCUGUGGCAUUGUCCUGUCUGCUGACAGCUGUACCCGUGACAGCAGUCUCCAAAUUCACAGUGCUGCUUAGGAAAGGGCCCUGCCCAGGGCCCAGCAGGUCGGCGCCCCAGGGCACACCAACUGGUCAUGAGGACCUGUGUUAGAGCAGAAAAUUUGGGUUCAGCACAUUCUUCAUGUAGCAGAGAGCCAGGGAAGGUUUUCUGGGUUGGAGGGCUUUGUUCUGUUUCAGUAGGCUUUGUUUGGUUUUUCUUUCAUCUCUGUGUGGUUUGCAUGAGGGAAUUGCUGUCCAUUCUAAGGAGCCAGGGUCUGAAUGUGCCAUCGCUUUAUCUGACCCACAACUUCCUUGGCGACUCCCGCCAUCUCGCUCCCAAUUGUCCCUCCCAGCUAACGGCAGUGUGCCAGCAAGAGGUUGUACUACUACAAAGAGAGCCCUUUCCUUCUACGCUGGUGUUGUCACAUAGCUUUGCUAUUGAACCAUCAAUUUUAAACUCUAAGAAGCAGCAGCUAUUUCUUUUUUGAAAUUAAAAAAAUCUUAUUUUUGUGUUUAGGGAAUUCCUAUUGGACCUAUUCACAUAUAUCAGUUUGUCAGCUGACUCAGGCAUUCAUCCUGAAGAUCAAUGCUUUGUCUUUAAAAAUCAGAAUUAUUCAUAAUUUUGUAGAAUUACUGUAAAAAACCUUUCUAAUUAAGGUGUUAGGAUAUUUGGGAUUCUAGUUAUUAACCCCAGAGGAAAGUAAUUUAGUUUAUAUUUUAAAACUUUUUUAACCUUUUGAUUCUAUCAGGUAGAAUCCUGAUGAAUUAUCCUAAGUAACUAAAUAUAUUUGAGAAUGAAUUUUUUUCUUCAGAGUGACUUAGAGUCAAGAAGCUACAAGAGAUCCUAAAAGCAGUGUGAAGGCUGCAUAGAGAUAAUUUGAAUGUUGUAGCCAAGUUUAUAUUAAAUCAAGAAGCCCUUCCGAAUAUGAUUUAUUUUUUAAACUUGUGUAACUCAAUAGAUCCCUAAUAGAUUGCAUUCUGGGGCUUGAGGCAUUCCUGUUGUAGAUAAUGAUGGAGCCCAUAUGUCACUUCCAUUGUCCACAUAAGCCAGGCUCUCUGCUUUUGCCAUGGACAGCGUGGUAGAGAGAUUUCCAGAGGGGUGACUUACCACAGCCUUGGUCAAUUCUCCCUUUUUCUCGUGUUCUGUGAAGUGACAGCAGAACUCUUCACACUGCCCUAGGUAGCCGCAUCGCAGCUCUCAGAAUCGUGAAAGGUUAUAAUUAAUACCCCCAAACAGGCAGCUAGCACUGGGAAAGCCCAUGUGGUUUUUCCCACGGUUUUCCAAGGUUGCCCUUCUCCAGGGUGUUGAUUUACUAUCAAAUAAGUUAGGAAAGCAGAGUUGGCACUUUAGCAGACAGGAAUCACCCAUUUCUUGCUAAAGUAGCAGGUACGUAGAAGUCGGCCCCAGCUACGUGAGGACAUUAACACUGAGCAGAUGCUCCUUUGUACCCCCGUGCCAGCUUUAGUCACGAAUGGCUGUGAGCUUAGUGCCAGAGUCACUCUACAGGCUGCUAGGCAUGGGCCUUUUCAGCCUGCCUUCUUGCACAUCCCAGUUGAGUCUUUCCCUUCACGGAAGCCUCUUUGAUACCCCCAACUCACUGAUGGCUGCUAUUUUACACAGUAAGAUCCAUCAUUGUAAGUCCCCCUGCUCUAACUACAGAUGACAUAUGGAUCAUGAGUCCAGACCCUCACUUCAUACAGGGCCCUUUGGGGGUUCGGCUUGAGGAGGACCUUAAAGGCACCGGUGUGAAUGAAAUAGGACACAACCAUUACCAAGGGGCCAAGAGUCUGACCGUGUUCCAGUUCUCUUUGCAGCAUGGGGAAUCCAAGGUGGCAGACCAAGUUCAGCUGAGGGCUCCGGUGUCCACAUUAUGUCAGGCAAGCCUUGACCUGCUGGUGAGCCUCAAAGGGCAGAGCAUUUUGGGAAGAGAUCUCUUUGUUAAUUGUUUUAUAUUGUUCUCUUCCAUGGGUUUAGAGCUCACGCCCUCUUUCCUGGCUUUGCUAUUGGUUUAGGAUGGUGAGGAAUAUUCCUGAGAGCCUUGAGCCUACAGUAUUAUUCUUCCUUCUGGCCCCAGUUUAUGGCACCCACCAUCUUCUUUUGGCUGUAUUCUCUGAAGGAAGGGUUCAUGUGCACUAUCCUCUUAGUUGAUAGUCUAUAUAUAUAAUUGCUAUGGAUUCUCAAGUGCGAGUGCAGCUUUUCUUUGAGCAGUUUAAUGAGUGAAUUCAGCAGCAAAGUGGCAAGAAAUGGUCCUUUAGCCAGGAGGGGUCCUGGUCAUCCUCUUACUGCCCAGAUUCUCUGCUCACUGUGGUAGUCAGAAGUGCCACUGGUACCCAGCAGCACCCUGGGCACACAAAAUUAUCCGUGUCCUGUCGUAGUGUAGAAUAAAUCUUCUCUCAUUUCAAAAAAGUGAAAGAGCAUUUUUACACAGAGAAAAAGGAAAAACAUCCGUGAAUGUCAUCUUUUAAAUUUUGUUUUCAGCUGGCUAAUGUUGGAAUUUCUGUUCUUGACAUGUACUUGUAAACUAUUCUUGCCAAGAUAUAAGUUGUUUGGGUUUUUCACUACAAUUACCUCUUGUUCCUCCUGUCUUGACUGCUGACGUUCCUCAGUGAUUCUAAUGUCUAUUUUAUGGGAAGCAGCCUUCCCCUGUGGGUUUCCUUUUACACACUGCAGGGCUAUCUUUAUACUUAAAAAAAAAAAAAAAGAAAAGAAAAAAAGAGAAAACUGUCACUAACCUCAUGGGGGAUUUACAGAAAAUCAUGUAGCCCACCUCGAGCAAAAUGUAGAUUCCUCAUUGUUUUCUUAAGCUCAUUGUAAUAAAAGAAAUCUAAUUCAGCAUUAUUGUGCUACCUCAAAGGUAAAAUGUUUUAAGGUCUUUUUUUUUUUUUUUUUUUUUGGUCCUGAGUUCUACACAUAGUGUUUGAAAUGUCUUUCAAUUGGAAUUGUUUUUAAAUCAUUGGGGACAAUCUUAUUUUAACUGUUUUACACUUGUAUUUUAAUCUCAGAAGAAUAAGUGAUUAGAAAGUGAUCAAUUCUUGCUCUGUAGUAUUGAACAUAUAAUUAAAUCUUUGCCAUAAACAAGGUUGGGUUUUUUAAAAGGAAACUCUAGGGCUUGGCUUUGCUCUUGGUUAAUAAAGGCUGACAAAUCAUGUCUGA